GUUCGUACUUGGUAUGCAUUGUCAUUAAGUUUCAGCCAGACAAAAUCCGGCAUUCGUGUUUAUAUUUGCUAAAAUCGUGAAAGAAACUUGUAAGUGUGUUAGAAGGAACAGUUGAUUUCAUUGCAUUCCUAUAAUUCUGUUAUAAUAACAAAUGGGGUUUACGAAGCGAAUGUAGCUCACCGUGUGUCGAUUUCUGCAAAAGCUCCAACCGUUUUGACAGUUGCGAACUUCGUUGAGGACGAUGGAUUUUGAUACAAGUAAAGAAAAUAUUCAACCCCUACGAGGUGGACGAAAUGUAACACAACUUGGGGUUGCAUUGCAAGCCCAGCACAAUCCUGAGGUUCAGCAGGAUUUGAUGCAGCAGAAAUCUGAAUUUGAAAAUGCUAUUCGCACAUACACUGGGGAUGAUCCUUUGGCCAAUUAUUAUCAAUACAUAUCGUGGAUAGAUCAGGUUUAUCCUAAGAAUGGACAUGAAAGUAAUGUGGUUCCCAUAUUGGAGGAUUGUGUUAGGAAAUUUGAACAUGAUGACCGAUACAAAAAUGAUAGCAGAUUUUGUAAAAUCUUAAAUAAAUUUAUUGAUAUGCAGCAAAAUCCUAUUGAAAUCUAUCAUAUGUUAUUCUCAAAAGAUAUAUGCAAAGGUUGUGCUGAUUUAUAUAAAGGUUGGGCAUAUUAUUAUGAAGUCAAUGGAGAUUUUCGGAAUGCAAAUGCGAUAUUCAAAUUGGGGAUAAGUGAAUUGGCUCAACCUGUGGAAGACCUCUUUAAUGCUCAACAUAGCAUGGUAUUUGCUGCUGGUCAACAAGUCAUAAACGGUGUGGACGAAUCACGAUUAAAUGAACAAAGACAAGCUUUGACUAUGUUGAAACCUAUAAGACCGGGCAGAGUUGGUAGUGUUCGAACAGUAGCGGCCGAUACUCCAGGAUUACUACCUUCUGCAGAUCCGACAACUAGACCGAAUGCAUCUGUCCAAGUAUACAAUGAUCAAUCUGAGGUUGUUCUGGGUGCUGGAGCACCUCCAAUAAGUAUUUUAUCAGUUGUAAAACGAGAUGCCCCCAAAGAGAAUAUUAUGAAACCAGGCGUAUGGACGAAUUCCAGAAAAAAAGGAUCAGCUGCAGCACCACAUAAAGUAUCACAUUUUACAGUCCAUGAGGAUGAUGGCAAUGAUUCACCUGAAUCAUUGGGUAUUAGGUUGCCAACCAACUUUUUCCCAGUCACCCAUCAAGAUUUUUCUGAAUGGAAAGUUAGCAUUUGCUUCCCAGAUCCUGAUGAUCCAAAUAAAAUACCUAUGUACUGUAAAACAGAAGUAUAUAUUGAUCCAAUGACGGAAUACAGCCCAGAGGAAGUGAGAGCCAGACGUUAUUUAAUUCGGUCUCGGCUUAGCAAUCCCUACAUGGAAACUGAGCAAGCAGUGCAGAGCAUAAUGGGUGACGAAAUGGAUCAUUCCAUGCAAGAAAUACAUGAUGAACCACCGAACCUUAAUAUGCACGGAACUCUUCCAAUUCACCAGCCUCAUUUAAACAUUCAAGAACCCAACCAUAGUAACAACCUGCCUCAUAUGAGUAUCCAUGAACCAAUUCAAAAUCAACAUUUAAGUAUGCACGAACCUCAGCAAACCCAGCACUCACAACUUAGUAUGCACGAACCACAACAAAGCCCACAUCCUCAUCUCAGUAUGAACGAAUCAAUCCAUUCCCAACAAAUAAAUCAAAGUAUCCAGCAAAUUCAUGAUGGACAACUGUAUCCUCAACUACCUGCAAUGACUUUCGGUGAUUCUCAUCACAUGAAUAAUGAGCAUCAGCACAGAUCUAUGGAUACGCAUGGCUUAAGUUACAAUAACAUGCAAUCACACAGAAGUUUUAUACAGCAGCAAAAUGAAACGUUGAGAUCGCCACAUAUUGGAUUAGGAAAUAAUAGUCCUAUUCAACAGCCACCAAUGUUGGAUAACAAUGGAUCACGUAAUUGGCCACAGAUAAAUCCGUUUGAAACAACUUUAGCUUCGCAGCAAUCAUUUGAAAUUUGGUCUCCAACUGAAUCUAAUGUGCAACCUAUACAAAAGCCACAAGUGUCAGCAUUUCCUAUAUUUGAAGAAACUGGAGAAAUGUUGCAAACCAUUCCAAAAAUGCAAGCCAAAGCAUGUGCAAUGAAGACACCUUUCAAAGUUUUAACGGAUGAUGAUUUGGCGGAAACCGGAUCCAGGGGAGGUUUGGAUAGUGCUGCAGCUGCACAACCCGUUGAUGGAGCUAAACGGUUGGCUAUGUUCGAUCACGAUGAUGAUAGCUCAUCCGGAUUAGCAGCAGCUCCGCCUGCUAUAUCCGACUUGAAUGGAACAAAUACAACGUUAUUCAAUUUAAAUUUGUUUUACGUGAGCACACCUGAAAAUAAGCAACAGAAUCUCGAAGCGAAUGCGGUUGAUCCUGCUAAUGUAUCUGUAUUAAAAAAGGAAUUAUUUCCACCUGACAAUAAACUGUCUGUGAUUUACGAAGAACUAUCUUCUACAAGCGGUGCAACUGCAAAGUCAUUGCCAUCUGCUCCUAGAUCGUUGGAUAAAAUCGAAGAGGAAGAUAAAUACCGAGCCUAUCUCUCGCAAAAUCUAAAAGUUAAUGAAGCGCUUAGGCAAUCCUCUUUAGCUAAUUUGAUGGAAUUCGAUUCACAGCCUGAUGGAUAUGACAUAGAUGAAGUCGAUGAUGACAAUGAAGAUCUCGCAACGAUCGUUUAUGACGAAGGAUACGUCCCUUAUCCUGUUUUACCAAAUGCUCCAUCUGAUCCUUUCAAAGCAGAUGUUAUUAGUAAACUUUUAAAUCAUGUUGAAUUUCCGGGACGACAUCGAAAUAAUCACGUUCUUAUUAAUAGUGCGCCACGUUUGGCUGUGAAAAAAGAUGCAUGCUAUGUAGGGAAUGACCGUUUCAUUGUUGACAAGCUAUUGGGAAAAGGUACUUACGGUUCUGUGUUCAAAGGGAAUAGGCCGGAUGGUCAAGUCGUUGCCUUGAAGAUUCAGAAACCUCCUAACAAAUGGGAAUACUACAUAUGCAGAGAAUUGCAAUCUAGACUGGUUGCGCAUGAAUUACAAUUUCUGCAGGAUCGUUUCAUGAACGUUGAAGUUGGCUAUUUCAAUGAAUCAACGUCGGUGCUUCUGUCCGAAUAUUCGCCAUACGGAUCAUUGCUGGACUUGAGCAAUUUACUAAGAGCGAAACGCGGAAAGCAAUUGAGUCAGAAUCUCUGCAUAUAUUUAACAAUAGAAAUGAUCGAUAUCAUUCACGCGAUGCACAAAGUAAAAAUCAUACAUGCAGAUAUAAAACCGGACAACUUUUUAGUAAUGUUGCGCGCUAAUAACACUAUCCAGUUGCAACUCAUCGAUUUUGGAUGUAGCAUCGAUAUGUCCUUGUAUCCAGAAGGCACAACAUUCACUAGAGCCGUGACCACCGAUAACUUUAUUUGCUGUGAAAUGAGGGAUGGCAGGCGCUGGAGUUAUCAUACAGAUUUGUUUUGCCUUGCAGCAACCACUCACGUUCUUCUAUUUGAAAAAUAUAUAGUGCUUAAGAAAACUCCGGACAACAUGUGGACCAUAGCUCAGAAAUUCACGAGAUAUUGGAACAGUGAUUUGUGGACUAUGUAUUUUUACACACUGUUGAAUAUGCAGGAUGGUUUUCCCGAUUUGAACAAACUGAAAGAAGAAUUGAAAAAUGCGAUCUCCAUGGUGAAAAACUUGGAUAUUGACAUGCGCGAGGUAUUAAAUGUUCUGAAAGGUCGAUAAAUAGAUGCAGACGUAAGUGAUCAUGUUAUUAUUUUCUUUUUUGUACAAUUUCCUCCUCGGUUACUUACGUCUGCAAUUAUAGGAUAUGUCGCUUCUAAUUAACAUUAACUUUCUAUGUACGUAUGAGUUGAAGCCAGCGAGCGAUGAUUUAUUUUUAUUAAUUCAAAAGAAAUGUUAGUAUAUGUAGAAGUAAAUAAAUAAUGUUAUGGAUAUAUCUAAAAAAAAAGAAUGGUAUUCUAAAGAGUUUAUUACAUAUUCAGUAUUUGUCCAAUCUAAUAUUCUUGCUUCUUUUUUUCUUUUCUUUUCUAUUUCC